AUGAGAGCUGCUUCUAUAGCCAGGAAGAUCAAUUUGAGACAAGGCCUUGGAGUUGGUUCAUUUAGGAGGAUUAAUGGUGGAAGCAAGAGGAACGGAAGGCGUCCACCACAUUUUGGUAAAGCCAGUGGUGGAAUUGGUCGUGACAUCCUUCAGCAGCAGGCUAAAUUGAACAUUAUCGACAUGGACCCUAAAGGAGGAAGAAGAAUUACAUGCAGUGGCCAACGAGAUCUUGACCAAGUUGCUGGCCGCAUUGUCGUCGUCACUCCUUGGAACUUAUGA